AGUUUGGUGUCGGGAAAUGACGGCCGGGAAGAAACUGGCUAUUUUUGUGAUAACAAAUGUGUGCAUUGUAGCGGAAUUCGUGUGGAAAUACUGCUUCUGAACUGUUUAGCGUGACGAUGGCGACCACGGCUUACAAGAGAUCCUCUUCGGAGAUCUACCAAACGAUUCAAGAAAUCUCCCGGAAUCGGGCCCAGAAGAGGCUGAGGCUAAUCGUGAAGAAGCCCACCGUCUCCACUUCCAUCACAACAUUCACGGGAUUGCUCGAGAGCGCGGCCAACAGCAAUGAGGCUCUGCAGCUGCUCAUCAAGAUCUCAGACGGACUGCAAUUUGAGGAGCCCGAGAUGGCCGAGGCCAUCCGGAAGCUGUCCGAGCACUUUAAGCGGGAGCAGGAGUCCGCCGUGAGGGUGAAGAUUCUGGCCCUGCUCGGGGAUUUCGCCGGCGAGACGUGCUACGACGGAGCGCUGCUGGCCGACGAAGUGCUGACUCUGCUGAAGAGCGAAUCCUCGCCGAAGGUGAUUUGCCAGGGGCUGCACAGUCUUCACAAGAUCGGCAUUAGUCAGUCUCUGCCGCCGACGCACGUGGCAAAAGUCGUGCUGUCGGCGAAGAACAGUCUCGUGUCGCAGAGUCACAAUGUCCAGAGACACGCUCUUCUGCUCCUGGGCGCCUUCGCGUCGGUGGAGGAGGAAUCGGUGGAGUCGACGGUGGACUUGAUUGGGAGGUACACAGACUCGCAGGAUUCGCGGGUCAGGGCGCAGGCAUUCCGCUCGAUUCUCACCCUGGGCUGCAGAGGAGUCAAUCUCACGCCGAAGCUCUAUCCUCGCGCCACGGACGCGCUGCGCGACGAUUACGAGUGCGUGCGGAAGGAGGCUCUGCAGCUGGUGUACGAGCUCGGCGUUCGCCAUCCGGAGCACAUGCUUCUCGUGCCGGACUCGGACAUGGAGAUGAGACUCGUGGACGCGGCCUUCGGCAAGGUCUGCUCCGCCAUGUGCGAUCUGUCGAUGCAAGUCAGAACGCAGGCGGGAGAACUGCUGGGCGGCAUGUCGGCCGUGGGCAGUGAGUUUCUCAAUCAGACGCUGGACAAGAAGCUGAUGAGCAACCUGAGGCGGAAGAAGAGCCUCCACGAGCGCAAUCUCGAGAACUUCACGAGUGGCGAGUGGUCGUCCGGGAAGAAGUGGGCCGACGACGCCCCCAAGGAGUUCCUGAACGCCGCCUCGAUCUCUCUCAUAGCUUCCGGGGCGUGCGGCGCUCUCGUGCACGGCCUGGAGGAUGAAUUCUUGGAAGUGCGCACAGCUUCGGUGGAUUCAAUGUGUCGUUUGGCGCUGAUUCAUCCGCCCUUCGCCACGACUUCGCUGGACUUCCUCGUGGACAUGUUCAAUGACGAGAUCGAGAGUGUGCGCCUGAAGGCGAUCUACAGCCUCACGAUGAUCAGCAAGCACAUCACAUUGCGCGAGGAUCAGCUGGAAACGAUGCUGAGCAGUCUCGAGGACUAUUCAGUGGAGGUCCGGGAAGGUCUGCAUCUCAUGCUGGGCGCUUGCAAAGUGUCCACUCAAGCCUGCCUGAAGCUGGUCGUGCAGAAAGUGCUGGACGUGCUCUCGAAGUACCCGCAAGACAAGGAGUCCGCCUUCGGUUGUCUCCAGCGCGUGGGCCAGAAGCAUCCCGAUCUCUGCAUGGCGCUCACGCCGCAACUCCUCCAGGAUCAUCCAUUCUUCGACAGCGCCGAGCGAGACGUUGAGGAUCCGGCUUACGUUUGCAUUCUCGUGAUGCUCUUCAACGCCGCUCAGCAUCGUCCGCCGAUGCUGUCCCUCUUCCCGGACACCACCGUGCGCCACUACGGCUAUCUCAGAGACACCAUGCCCAACUUCGUGCCCCACUUGAACCUGAGGACUGUUGUGGACCAGACACAGCUCACGGGCGCCACGGGAUCCAAGCAGUUCCUGGAGACGCUCCUGAACAACAUCGAUGCUGCUUACUCGGCGCCGCGCGCGCGUCAGGCUCUUCUGGAAGCCGCCCAGGCGAAUCUGGAUCGUCUGGCGGAGAUUGAUCCCGCCCUCUCGGGCACUGCGAACUUCACGGCCAUGUUCCUGGGCGCCCAGCUGCUGAUCCACCAGCUGCAGAGCUGCAUAGCGCCGAAGCAGAACAAGACGCCAUCGCGAGAGUCUCUGAAUUUGCUGAUGAAGAAGUGCUUGAAGCUGCAGAACCUCUUCUCCAACCUCACGAAGGACGACUGGCUGCUCGUGAAGCAGAUCUGCCUGCGCGCCAGUGCUCUGCACCUCGUGAUUGUCGUGAAGGAUCGCUCCCAAUCGGCUCUGGCGCCGUGUCAACUCCUGCUGCACAUCGCGGCGGACAUCAGUGUGUUUCUCCAGGACAAUCCGGAGAUUGUGGCUGACAAGUUCACCAGUUCAAUUCUGCAAGCGCUGGCGGCGAUCAGUGAUCCCAAGCCUGGCCGAGUUUUCUGGGAAAUCCUCCCGAUUGUGCAGUCGGCGACGCCCGUCGUCACGCCACGCGUGAAUGUGGACAUCCGGAUGUGCACGGCGCGCAUUCUGGAGCCCUGCAACGCGGCCUCGGCGGAGAACCAAGUGAAAGUCACGGCGGGAUUGAUCGCCGCGGUGCCUCUCGUGGCGGACAUCGAGAAUCUGCAGGAGUUCCAGCGCCAGGAUCUCAGGAUUAGAGUCAAGUAUCCCGACCAGAACGUACACACUGUCGUGCCGCGCCUGCGGGACGUCAAGCGGAUCCUCACGGAAAGCGGCGAGGAGGUGAACAACUGGCGGCUGCGGACGACAAUUCUACUGAGUCAUGGAGUGUGGACAGAAGCCACGCAAGUGGAGAUCUUCGUCUGUCUGUCAGUGCGUCCGGGAACGGAGCUGGAGCUGUGCAAGUCCGUGAAGAUCAUGUUCGCGCCGAAGCCAGUGAAGAGGGGCAUCUGAACAGGGGAAAAGAAGGCGCAUUUUGUUGCAUUGGGGGAACUUUUUAUUUUGUUCAAUAUCAAAUUCAAAUAAAAAAUAUUCGGGUAAUAAAAUGCUUAAAAAUAGGGGUUCAACUUUACAAUAAAAAAAAAACGCUAAUAUUACACAAAUGAUAUAUAAAAUAUAUUGGCAACUUUUUCCGAUAAAUAAAUUAAUAACAUUUCAUUUAAUAAGUACUUUUGUGGUGAAGAGAGAUUCACGUGAGAGAAUGCCAAGCAUUUGAUGGCUUUUCAACUGUUGGGUUUCUAAGAACGUGUCAAGAUUCUUCGAUGUCGAUUUCAUGAAAUUGAUUUCUGGAUAUUUCGUCACGAAUUCGAAUCUUUAUUUGCUUGUGAAAAACAGGCGCGAAAAUACUUUUAAUCUAUCAUGAGACACAGAUUUUCGACAAACAGUUCCUAUUCGACAUCAUUUCAUAACACAUUUUUAUCAAAUUCGGUCAUUUUGAUUAACAAUCUAUAGAUAUACAAUUUCUUUUUUACAAAAUAAAACAUAACAUUUGGACAAUUGUUCUAAGAGUGACACAUAAAUUACAGAAUACAUCAAAAAUAAUUUCGAAAAGACGGAGUAUUAAAGUCAGGAGGUACAACAUUUGCGACUUUGACAAAAUAAAAUAAUUUACAGGCGAAGAACAAACAAUUGCUUAACAAAAAAAAUAUUACAAUAUGUGGAGAAUUUCUUCCAGAUCUAAAAAAAAAACACAUUUUAUAAUCUCUUAUUUUCUGAUUUCACUUUAUCUCUCUCUCAGUUACACACAAAGUGGAGGAGUAGAAAAAAUAACAUACCUAAGAUAUUGCUCUAUAAAUGAAAAUAACUAAGGGGGAAAAUUAACUAAUGAAAAAUUCGGGGAGACAUGAUAAAAAUGACAAAGUGAUUAUGCCUCUAUUUCUAGUGGUAAUCAAGUGGUGUUUUUUUUUCCUUUUCUCUUUCGUGGAAUUAAAUAACUAUUUAAGAGAGAAAUUUACACGUAAAUCUACGUAGAAUAUUCAAAGGUCGUAAACACAAAAUAUAUUAAUUGUAUAGCGAAAAAAAAUGUUCAUCUUAAUUACACAAAUACAAUAUGGUCUUAAAAUUAGAGGAAACAUAAUACAAUAACUACUUAACUCGUUCUCUCUCUCUCUCUCGGUGUUUGUUUGCCUGCUUCGAAAUGAAAUUGGGUUUGUCGGAAAAGUUGCUGUUUCCAAAUUAAUUACAGCAACGCGGAGAGACACAUUAUCAUGUUUUAAUUAAAGAAACAAAAAUAAUAGAAACAAAUUGCAAUCGUGGAAUUUAACCCAAAGAAAUGUGGAAAGAGAUUUUGUCAGUUUUUUGUUGUUUUUUUUUGGAGGGAAAUUGUUUCAUCACAUUUCAACAUAAUGUUUUCACCUAAAAAAAAAUUCACUCUCUCAAUCGAUGUCUUGUUCAUAAAUUAAGAAUAUAAGUCAUUACCUAAGGAGUUGUCUUUAAUCUUGAGGGGAAUAUUUUAAGUGUUGAUAACAAAAAAAAAAUGGCAAGAGCGGACAGGUGAUGUUCUUCAUCUUGGACAGUGUUAAGUGAUCACAGCACUUCUUUUGCAUCAUCCUACAAACGAUUUGUUAGGGGUAAUUAGAGUUGCAAAAUAUAAAUUUUCAAAUGCAUUUUUGGCCAACUUUUGGAGCUUCUCCAGCGCAAUUCUUACGUUAAAAUUCUGUAAAAUAAAUUCCGAUGAAAUCUCUAAUAUCUGCAGAGGAAGUGAAAAUAUGUCGGGAAACCCUAAAAUAUAAGAAUUCAUUUCCCGAGAUGCGAUCAAAAUCUGUAAAAUAGGUUUAGAGUUAGCAUUGAAAAAAUGUUUUCUUUGUCCUUCUUUCGUGGCUCUUUAAAAUGUUCUGAAACCUAGAAAAGAUCAGAGAUAAUCUCGUCAGAUGAGAGAUCGGCUGGAGGCUGUCGCGAGUGGCCGGGAAUAAUUUCACCAAGUUCCUUGUAGAAUCUCAUUCAUGCUAAAAUGCAUCGGGUGCGAGGCGCCCAGGGGCGCCUGGGCGGCCCUGGAAAAUGCACUAGUUGUCCGCGGGGCAGGGA